AUGACGUCCCUCAAGCCGCGGGAGCCCUACUCUCCGGCGGAGCUCCGGGCCCUCUACCCUCCAACCUCGAGCUCCACCAGGUCCAGAUCCUCCUCCGCCACGGCGAGAGAACCCCCAUCACCUCCCGCGCCACCUCGAGACGUUUGCCUCGGACGGCGACGACUCCCCAAGCUCGUCUGGGGCCCCCACGGCAACGUCGACAGCAUCUGCGACAACGGCACCCUGACCGACCAGGGCCGCCAGUCCACCCACGCCCUCGGCGCCCGCCUCCGGGACCUGUACGUCGACAAGUUGCGCUUCCUCCCGGGCACCAUCACCUCCACCGACUGGAUGUAUUUGCGCGCCACCCCCAUCCCCCGUGCGCGCGAGUCCCUGCAGCAGGCCUUCCUCGGCCUCUACCCCGAUGAGAGCCGUGCCCCCAACCUGCCCGCCCCGGCCAUCAUCUCCCGCAAUCCUGCCCAGGAGACCCUCUACCCCAACGACCUGCACUGCCGCCGCCUCGCCCACCUCGCCCGCCAAUUCUCCCUCCGCGCCGCCCAGCGCUGGAACGACUCCCCCGAGCUACGCUACAUCACCAACCGGAUUGGCAAGUGGAUGCCCCCAGAGCCCCAACGUCGCCAUCGACUCCAAGCCCAGCCUCGUCGGCGUCAUCGACACCAUCAACGCCACCCUCGCCCACGGGCCUGCCACCCGCCUGCCCCCGAGUUCUACGACCCCAAGCUCCUCGAGAUCGGCGAGAAGCUUGCCAUCGAAGAGUGGUUCUUUGGCUACGCCGAGUCCAACGAGUACCGCAAACUCGGCAUCGGCUCGCUCCUCGGCGACAUUACCCAACGCAUGGUCGUCUCCUCCGCCCAGCUCCCCGGCGUCGACCCCCGAGCUGACCCCCGCGGCGACACCCAGCGGCCCGCCAUCAACGAGGAGCUGACACGGACGCCCAAGGGCCGCAUCUCCACCCUUGACCAGGAAAGGUGGGGUCCCAAGGAGCAAGAGGCCCUCGACGGUUGGUACGUGCGGAUCCGGUACAACGACGAGCCCAUUGUCCUUCCUGGCUGUAGGAAAUCCGGCAACCAUCUCGACGGCGACGUGAGCUUUUGCACACUGUCCGCCUUCAAGUCCAUCGUCGACAAGUUCACGCCCACCAACUGGCGUCGCGAGUGCAGGGCCAACAUUGAUGCCCCGGCCUUCCCCGAGAAGCCAGAGCCGGCUGGCUAUUAA